AGUCCUAAAUGGUGGACUGUUUCGUUGUCAUCCAAACGAAGAAGUAUAACUAAUCGUAUAUUUCUUUGAACAAAAUGCUACCCUCGAAUUACAACAGUACAUUUUAUGGGCGCGCAGACCGCCAAAAGCAGCUUUUAUUUAAACUCCGGCACAGCCAAAAAUUGGCUUCGUCCGGUGGAAAAUAAACAGGAAGUAGUUAGCGUUGUGGGACGUGUAGUUCCGGCUACAGGCCGCUCAGAAAGAUAACGCACACAAUAAAGAAAAUCCUAUAAAUUAUACGUGCGGAUUGAUUUUGCUGGCUAUCGGCGUCAACAUGCCUGGAUUCACCUGCUGUGUACCCGGCUGCUACAGCAAUUCACAUCGGGACCGCGAUCUGCGCUUCUACACCUUCCCGAAGGACACAGCGCUCAGAGAAUUGUGGCUGAGGAACAUCUCCCGGGCCGGGGUCAGCGGCUGUUUUAGCACCUUCCAACCCACCACGGGGCACCGCGUGUGCAGCGUGCACUUCGUCGGCGGGAGGAAAACCUACAGUAUCCGCGUGCCUUCGCUUUUCCCUCUGAGGGGCGUCAACGAGCGCAGGAAUCGGCGUGGCAGAGGUAAGAAGCUGUCCUCGGCUGUAGCCCCCGCCGGAGCCACCUCCGCCGCCACCACCGGCCUGGUUAUUAACACCGUAUUGGGGAACACGGCCGAGGUCACCGGCGGCGAGGCCAACGACGACAGCAUCACGGUUGUGCAGAUCGGUCAAAACGGGGAGUAUCUGGGCACGGCGCGGCUGCCCGUGGCCACCGAAGCGCCGUUCACCGCGCCCAUCGAAUCGUCCGACGAACUUGCCGUCGCUGCGGACGACCCUUCAUCGGCGGAGGCGAAGCAGGCAGUCGUUCAGUACGUCAGCGUGACCAGCAGCCCGCUGGACCACUCGUACUCGCUGACCACCGGCACAACGUCGGCCGAGCUGCUGCGCAAACUCAACGAGCAGCGGGACAUCAUCGCCCUCAUGGAGGUGAAGAUGAAGGAGAUGAAGGCCACCAUUCGCCAGCUCCGGGUGAUGGAGGCCAAGCUGCUGGAGGAUGUGCGGGAGCGGGACCGGCUGCUCGGCGGCCAUCCGGUGCCUCUCAACGUCAACAAGAAAAUGUAAACAGAGACAAGUGGAACUGAGCCUUUGUACAAAAAUGUAUUUUCAAUAUCUGCAGAGUUGAUUAUUUUGAAGCCCUGCUCGUGCAUAAAGAUGUCUAGCUGUAGUUCUGUAUAACUGAUAGUGACAAGUCGAAAGCCGUUUGAGCAUUUGCAAUUCAGUUGAUGAAGCAAAUUUAUGAUUCGGGAUGAUUUCGUCACAAAAUAUUUGUGAUACAUUUUGAAUAUGUAUUUUGGGGGGCAAGCUGGGCUAUGGGGAAAAUGAAUUGAAUGAAUUUUCAGUGGGCCUCAACUGUUACAAGAAGGAUUUUGAUCUAUUUAUUUGACUUUCUUUAUACAGUAAUUCCGCUUAAGGUACAGUACACUCAAAAUCCGCAUAGUAGUAGAACAACCAGGGAAAACUAUAGUAAAUGACUAUAAGUUACAUUUGUUUUACUACCGAAUGAUAGGUCCAAUCUAUAUUGUUGACAUCUACAUUCUACUAGUUGUCACAAUGAAACACAAAAUCUUACAAAUAAGUAGAAUAUGUUAGAAUUAAAACUGGUAGCAUGUAUUCUACCAAAGCUUGGCCGGCUGUCCAUAUAGCUGUUUGGGCAUUUCCUAAGUUGUGACACAAUACAUCACACCAGUAGGACAACUUCGUAAAACAAAAAGCACAUAUUUGUCAUUGAGUGAAGUUUUGACUUACUUGUAACAAGUUCUGUAGUUGUUUUAUUAGUAUACCAAAGUAGUCAAAUAAUUAAACUGCUCGAGUAGACUCAGAAAAUUAAACACACUUGUAGAAUGACUUUUCAUAUACCAUUGGAGGACACUAAUUUUAAAUAGUGAGCAUUUUGUUGCUGCUAUAAGAACCAGAUGGCAACUUGCGUGUGACGUCUACUAGUUUGGCCUUGUAAUGUUAAAUGAAUUGCAGUUGGUUAUUAAUAAGGUUAUUUUGCAUACUGUUAGGCCAAAUCUGUUAUUCUUGCUGCUAGCGUGCUUAAUUGUCUUACUAGUAUAUGAUCUGGAUAUUGGUGAUUUUGAUGUAAAUAAAUACUCCAACGGCUUUCCAUCAUGUCAAUUAUCUUUAGAUGCUAUUUCAUCUACUUUACAGUUAUAGUUUGCAUAUCCUUGCAAGUUAAACUAACUAAAAUAUUGAUGAGCAUCAAGACAGAAUAUUUAUAGUCCAGGAUAUUCACGUUUCAAUUUGGGAUGUCUCGAUCGCAUAUUUUUGCACCUGAUUCCGAGUCACCUCAUUUUGAGAAUCUGCAGAUACCAAUUUAAAAAAAAGAAUUGAAUAAAAGUUGGACUUGCGGAAUAUAAAACGUAUAUAUACAGUACGUAUAUAUUUUUCUUUUGGCAAUGCCAUUGUAUUUCUGGAUUAUUUUCUUACUUUUUAGCCCCUAAAAAAAUGAAAAACAAAUAGAGUUAAAAAAAAAUUAUUAUUACAAACCUGAUCAUUUUCACCCGAUUCCGAUCCUCUGAAAACUGGCCUGAUUGAAAAUUCGACGUCAAUGAAAUUUUCGAAUGCAUUUAGACAGGCUUUGCUGAACUUAUUCAUCUGAAAAUUAAGACAUAAAUUUGAAAUAUGUUUUGUACUCGUGAAAAAUCAACGACAAAAAAGUUAUUUAUUUCAAUUUACAUUUUGUGCCAGAUCAAUUAAAUGUUUUAUGUAUUUUAGAGGGAUUUUUGAUCCAAUAAAAACUGACACAUAUACUUGUUUUGGGAAAACCUGUAUAAAGCAUUGAAAAUCUCAGCCCACUCUUCCAAAUUAAUAUUUUUGCUAUAAUUUUUUAUUUCUGUUUGCAAUAUGAAUAUAGAUGAAGUUUUUUCAACAGAAGCUUUUUGCAUUAAGUGUGUUUCCAUUGUGGAUUUUAGAGACUAAAGGUUCAACAUAUCAACAUGCUGCUUAUGUCAUUCAUAAGUGCUUGUUUUUGUGUGUCUGGUGCAUUUAAUGUCCCUGUGGACGGUGAGGUGUUUGGCCCUUCGCACAAUUUUAUUAAUGGCUGCAUCACAAGAAGUGCUUCUAUGCACAUGUUACAUAUGGACAUUACUGAUUUUUGGAUUGACAGUUAUCACAUUAAAUUGCAUUUUGAAGUAGAUCUGUUUGACUUC